UGAGAAAGGGGGCUGCCCAAGGGCUGCUCUCUGAUUCGGCCCACUUUGCCCCUAUCCAGUGCCAGGUCACCAGAUGGAAAGCGAAAAAGAAAGAACGGCCAAUGUUCCCUGAAAACCAGCAUGUCAGGGUAUAUCCCUAGUUACCUGGACAAAGACGAGCAGUGUGUCGUGUGUGGGGACAAGGCAACCGGUUAUCACUACCGCUGCAUCACUUGUGAGGGCUGCAAGGGCUUCUUUCGCCGCACAAUCCAGAAGAACCUCCACCCCACCUACUCGUGCAAAUAUGACAGCUGUUGUGUCAUUGACAAGAUCACCCGCAAUCAGUGCCAGCUGUGCCGCUUCAAGAAGUGCAUCGCUGUGGGCAUGGCCAUGGACUUGGUUCUAGAUGAUUCGAAGCGGGUGGCCAAACGCAAGCUGAUUGAGCAAAACCGGGAGCGGCGGCGGAAGGAGGAGAUGAUCCGAUCACUGCAGCAGCGACCAGAGCCCACUCCCGAAGAGUGGGACCUGAUCCACGUUGCCACGGAGGCCCAUCGCAGCACAAAUGCCCAGGGCAGCCAUUGGAAACAGAGGCGGAAAUUCCUGCCGGAUGACAUUGGCCAGUCACCCAUCGUCUCCAUGCCGGACGGAGACAAGGUGGACCUUGAGGCCUUCAGCGAGUUUACCAAGAUCAUCACCCCGGCCAUCACCCGCGUGGUGGACUUUGCCAAAAAACUGCCCAUGUUCUCUGAGCUGCCUUGCGAAGACCAGAUCAUCCUCCUGAAGGGGUGCUGCAUGGAGAUCAUGUCCCUGCGGGCGGCUGUCCGCUAUGACCCCGAGAGCGACACCCUGACACUGAGCGGGGAGAUGGCUGUCAAGCGGGAGCAGCUCAAGAAUGGCGGCCUGGGUGUCGUCUCCGAUGCCAUCUUUGAACUGGGCAAGUCACUCUCUGCCUUUAACUUGGAUGACACGGAAGUGGCUCUGCUGCAGGCUGUGCUGCUAAUGUCAACAGCCUCUCCGCCUCUGCCCCCCUCCGCCCACUCACCCGCCUGGCCCUCCUUCCCCGCAGACCGCUCGGGCCUGCUGUGUGUGGACAAGAUCGAGAAGAGUCAGGAGGCGUACCUGCUGGCGUUCGAGCAUUACGUCAACCACCGCAAACACAACAUUCCGCACUUCUGGCCCAAGCUGCUGAUGAAGGUCACCACUCUGCCUAUCCCUCACCUGCCUCCCAAAACACUGUUGGAUACUCAGAAGUUAACCAUGUGAAACACCUCAUCUUGGAGUCCCCAGAAGAGCCACGAUAAGCAACUCCCCAACACAUACCAGACAUGGCCAACAACCAACCACCGCAACUCUUGGCAGGUACAUUCAGCUUCUGCCUGGAGUGUGAGGUACCUCUCUAGAGGCAUGACCUCUGUGAUGCUCUGUGAGUAUCUCACAUAUGUACCAACCCCCCACCCCCGCCCUGGAUGCCUUCCUUUAGAAUAUCAACCGCAGCUAAUGACUUAAUUGUCAGCAGCUGACCUCGGGAUGGGAUGAGCAGCUGAAAACCAUUCAUAAUGCCAAGCUUUA